AGGGAGUGCGACUCUUCACACUCUUUGUCACCUACAUUUAUUGCCAAAAUUAAUGAAAGGCAGCGACCCCAAUAGCAGAAUAUAUCCACGAGAUUCUUCCUCCCACUUAUUUAUGUCAGUUGCCCAUCAUCAUCCAAACCACGUUAUCACCACGCUAAGGAGAUCAAGGAGGGAAGCUUAUUAAAGGGAGAAGGAUAGAGGGAGAGAGAGCCAGAGAGCUCAGAGGAAAGAACAUGGGCAUUGUCACCAGCAAGUGUUGCAGCUACCGCGAAAAGUGCAGAGAACUCGAGGCUAAAACCCGAGGCCUAGAGGAAGAGAUCAAGGAGGUGAAGCGUGCGGGGGAGAAGGCGGCUCGUGUCUCCGAGCAAAAGGUGGCGGUCUUUGGACGCAAGGAGGAGGAAUGGAAGCGAGAGAGGAAGAAGCACAAGGAGGAGGUGACAAAGCUAAGGAAAAGGCUCAAGGAGGAGGAGGAUAGGAUGAGGCGUUUGGAGGCGGCGGCAGCAAGCAGAGGCGACGUCAAGGAGUGGUACCAGGUAGGCACAGAUUACAUUAUGGAACACAUGAAAGAAGAGCAAGCGCGGAUGGAGGAGGCGGCGGAGAAGUGGAAGCAGCUCUACCUUGCGAUCAAGACCGAGCUCGACGACCUCAUCGAGAGGACUCGACAAGGGGAAGGAUUCUUCUGGGGAGUCCAGGAAGGCAUGAUUGAAGAGCUCCACGGGGAGCUGAAGACCAAGGAGGAGACCAUGGAAACACUGAGAUCACGCAUAUCAGCAAUGGAAAAGGAGGGAAUUAAAAGAGAUAGGGAGAUUGACAUUUUGAGGCAGAGCCUAAGAAUUCUCAGCAACACAAAAAGGAAUCGCAUCAGAAAGAAUCCGCCCAGAAGCUUGGGCUUGGGAAGUGGCAGAGAGAAGUCAGCAACUUGUAUGGGUUCCUUGAAUCCACAGCGAUCUCAUGAAGCACUAGCGUCCCAUGAAUAGAACCGUAGUACAAUUGGUAUUCACGCUACAAUCAAGCACAAACCUAUCUUAGAAACAUAAGAAAUUCAACAUCUCUCACAAAUUAGCAGCCAGAAUUAAAUAUCAGAAUGAAGAUAGAUAGCAUUGGUUCCAUGCGAGGUGAUUAUUGAGCCAUGUUAGAUUGUGAAUGUCUUCAUUGAAGUACAAAUCCAAUUGCCCUUUCUGAGUUAUUCCAGCAAUUGUUUGUUCUUUUAGUUCUCUUCUGGUGUCUCGAGGUUCUUGGGUGCCAACCAAGCAAUGCCCCUCCAUCAUGUCA